CGCACGGAUGGGGAGAAGGGAGGCCCGAGAGGGGGUAUACGCCCAGGCGGUGGGCAGCGGCUGGGAUCCGAACACCGCCCUACCCGGGACUCCCCCAGCUUGGCUCGCUGAUUUGUGAAACCCGAGCGGAGGAGGGGGCGCGGCAUCGUGGGGGCUCUUUCAGGCUGGCUGCAGUUUAGGGUCUUCGGAUCUAACGUUCCCUGGCCCCACGAGACCUCUGCGUCUCUGCCGAGGUUGAGAGGGCGUGAGGUGGGGGACCAGAGGUCUGCUGGACCCUUUCAUACACGGCAGUUUUCGAACUGGAGGGGGCUUCGAGAUCGCUAGGUAGAGCCCUUCGCUUUAUAGAUGAGGAAGCCGCUCCAAAGAGGGACAAGAAUGGUCCCAAGUUCCACUGCCUCCCACACUCCACACAGGGGUCCGUAGUGACCGAAGAUGGACCCACAUGUGGAGAUUCAGCCAGCCACCCUCUGACUUCCAGCCAUGACCAUCCCUACCAACCACCAUUUCUUGAGUACCUGUUCUGUGCUGGGCACUGUUCUGGACAUUGAGGGGGGAUUCAAAAGAGAGAAAGCACAGUUCUGUCCCACAAGCAACUUGUAAUUUAAUUUGGGAGCGGAAACCCACUCAAAUGAUGCGGCGUAAGAAUGGUAACAAGCGUUAUUUCAGUAAGUGCAAGAUGGCAUGGGGUCUCUGAAUGUCUGGGUGUUGAGGGGCUGCUGAGUAGGAGCCUUAUAGGAGGAGUUAAGUUAAUAGAAAAAGCUUGCAGAGUGCCUGGUUGGCUCAGUGGGUAGAGCAUGCAGCUCUUGAUCUUGGGGUUGUGAGUUCUAGCCCCACAUUGGGUACAGAGAUUACUUAAAAAUAAAAAAAAAAUCUUAAAAUAGAGAAAGCUUGUCUUAGGUGGGUAUGACUCCUGGCAUACUUGAAGCUAUGGAUGUGAGCACGGGGAGGGUCUGGGGAGGAUAGGGGAGCUGCAUGUGCAUGUGCAUGUUGGCAAAUUACAGGCCCCACUCUGAGGGGAGGGCGAUGCUCAGGCUGUCCGUGCUGUUCCUGUGCUUGGUGGGUGGAGGCUUCCAGGAGGGAGGUCUGGGCACCUGCCACCUAGGCUGGUUCCUUUCAGAGGGCACCCUGGCCAGGAGGCUGGGUCCUCAGACCCAGAGCUGUUGACCUUCAAGCUAUUUGUGGCUCUUUAUCGCUCGACCUCAAUGUUGUAGACAAAAAUUUUAGGACUGAAAUUGGAUAAGCCAUCAUCCUUGAUCACCUGAAUACUUUUCAGCUUCGUUUUCUAAAAAUUGAAAGGUCUGAAUGGUCCCAUAGUGGCUGGGAAAAGACUUCCAUGAACUAAUUACUUGAGGAAUGUAGCAAGCGGACACACAGUUCUACAGUUGGCAGAUGUGAAAGUGUCAUGUUUGCUUGUUUGAUUUUACAUCUGAAGGGCUUGUAACAGGGGUUAGAGUUUUGUUUGUCUACAUCAUUGAAACUGUAGACUGAAAGGGCAGGACCUGUCUCUAUUUAAUUUACUUCUAUAGAGAUAUUUCACGCCACUGAUGAUAGUUAAUACAAUUGUAAUAGGAAAUCUACCGGUCAUUGCAAGUUAUGUCUAGAAAUAUGUUUAAUAUCCUUAAAAUCUAUCAGGUAACAUUCAGUGAGCCUGUCUUAGAUAAUACAGGGAAAAUGUUAAUAUUCUUUAUUUAAUGUGCUUUAAUUUUUUUUUUUAAUAUUUAUUUAUUGAGAGAAUGAGAGACAGAGCAUGAGCAGGGGACAGGGAGAGAGAGAGGGAGACAGAGAAUCCAAUGCAAGCUCCAGGCUCCAGCUGUCAGCUCAGAGCCCGAUGCAGGGCUCAAACCCACGAACCAUGAGAUCAUGACCUGAGCUGAAGUUGGCCGCUUAACUGACUGAGCCACCCAGAUGCCCCUUAAAGUGCUUUUUUUUUUAAAAAAAGUGAAAUAAUUAACUGUAUUUCGGAAAAGAAAUCCCUGUCAUGCAUGAUUUUUUUCUUUACAGUACAGGUCUUAACUUUCAUUUUUUAAAAAUAUUAAGCAUCAUAGCAGUUUAUUAGAGUGCUUUGCAGUAGUUCAAGCAAGCUAUUUUUCCUUAAUUGCUGUGUUAUUGCUCUUUUCCAAUUUGAAUAUGAAAUUGAAUCAGCUCCCUAUGUCUCAUGUUUCCCUAACUCUUCCUAAAUUCAACAAAUUCCUUUGCUGGUUGUUGUUGUUGUUGUUGUUGUUGUUGUUGUUGUUGUUUACAAAAGCGUACAGGUGAUUUCUUUGGCCUUAACUCCUCUUUCCUGCCCUAUGAAGAUGCAAGUUAUUUUAGCACCAAAUGCCUCAUCUCUUAUUGAACUGAUUCAACCCCAAUAGGAAGGUCAGAAGAGAAGUGUACCAAGCAGCAUACAUCCUGACCCUCAGGCCUUGUCCUAUUCCAAAUGUGUUUGGUACAUUUGGAACAUUAAUGCUAAAUGAGUUUUUAACAUUCUUUCUGUAUAUUCAUAGUUCUGUAAAAGUGAAAUUAUUGAAAUGUGAGAGUCCAAUGUUAGGACUGCAUGACCAUAGACCACUUGAGGAUACUGUUCACAUCAUUUGAAAAAGAAGGAAAGAAAAAAUAUUAGGUUGAUAUUAGGAAAACUUAUAUGUAAAAUUAGAAAUGUUUCCCCUUUGAACAAAUUAAAAUUGUAUUAUGUUAAUUUCCCUAAUAGUUUCAAAUAACGAAGUUUAGUACAUUUUCAUAGACUUUCAUCUUGUUUAGUGGUAUUACUUAACUAGGUUAAAUGUAUUUGAUGAUGAUUACAGGUUGAUUUUUCCUUAGCUUUCCUUAGAGCUUUUGACAUUUUCUCUCAAUAUUUAAUCCUUUGUCAUCAGGGUAUAAGAGGCACCUAAAGAACUAAGUUUUGGUUUUUAUUUUUAUUUUUUGAAGAACUAAGUUUUAAGUUCCCCUUAAAGCAAUAAAAAUAGCACAAUUGUUACUUCUGUUUAAUAACCCUCUUUGCUUUUCCACUCUAUGUCAAUGUUGGAACCAAAAUUUACUGUCUGAUUAGUAUUAAAUAUUUUUACACAGGCACUCUCAGGAAAGGGCCUAGUGUGAUUUCACCAAUGAGACUAAUAGCCAAUAAAAUACGAGAUUUCUUGGUUAUCAUUUGAUUGUGCAAUCAAUGUUUAAAAAUUUUAAUAAAAUACUUCAGUUGGACAGGAUCUUAGAAAUUAAUUAACUCUCCCCUCAGUGCAACAGUCCCUUUGGUAGCAUCUCUGCUAGCUGGCAUCUUGACCUUGCUUGAGUCUUUUCCAUCAUAGGACAGCUCUACAUAGUAGGAAGGUCAUUUACCUAAAUCUCCCUCCCUAAACACAUACACCUAUAUGCUUACAUCCUAUUCCAUGAAGCCACACCAAGCAUUUAUUUUGACAUUUUGUUAUACACGGUAAUUAUUUGUGGUAGUAUAAAUAAAGGAAUACAGAUUAAGUGGAUCUACCUGAAAGAAAAUGAUGAAACUCUAGUUAGGUUGACGAGAAGACGAGGAGGUAGAGGGCUGUUUGAUUUUUUCUCAAUGGACUGUCAGAAAAGAAAGAGUAUCUGAUUGUGGACUAGAUUAAAUACACUUCUAGGGAAUCAUUUUCUGAUCUAAGCUGGUCAAACGGAGGUAAAGGAGGGGGCUGCUGCAUCUGAAAUAACAUAUGUUCGUGAAGACAAGAAAAUUAAGUUUAAAUGCAUUUCAUAGUAAGUAUUUUAGAUGAAAGCAUAAUGAAUGAGGCAAAGCAUAAGCGGACAUUUUUAGGUACAGACCAUUUUUAGGAAACACGUCUAAGAUUAGGCCACUAAAGGGAGCGUUCUUCCUGCUUCGUGUUUCUGUCUCUUAGGGGGCCAUGGUGGAAAAUGGUGAGGCAGCGUGUAAAGUAGGAAGUGCCUGUACUUGUUGAACAGCAGGUCCUGUGGGUAGAGCACUGACACGCGAAGGGGUGAAAAGGAAGACUGGGUCUCAUUGGGACAGAAGAACACAGACCGAGUGUCAGUCACUCCAUUCUGAUCUUCUUAAUGCGUUGCCACUUGAUGAUAACUACUGAAAGCUGUACUGUUUUCUUCUUUUUAGCUAGAAUGGGUACUAGGAAAAAAGUUCAUACCUUUGUCCGUGUCAAACCCACCGAUGACUUUGCUCACGAAAUGAUCAAAUACGGAGAUGACAACAAAAGCAUUGAUAUUCACUUAAAAAAAGAUACUCGGAGAGGGGUUGUCAAUAACCAGCAGACAGACUGGUCGUUCAAGCUGGAUGGAGUUCUCCACAAUGCCUCCCAGGACUUGGUUUAUGAGACGGUCGCAAAGGACGUGGUUGCUCAGGCUCUCGACGGAUACAAUGGUACCAUCAUGUGUUAUGGGCAGACGGGAGCCGGCAAGACAUAUACCAUGACAGGGACAACUGAGAAUUACAAGCACCGGGGGAUCCUUCCUCGUGCCCUACAGCAGGUUUUUAGGAUGAUUGAAGAACGCCCCACACAUGCCAUCACUGUGCGUGUUUCCUACCUGGAAAUUUACAAUGAGAGUCUGUUUGAUCUCCUGUCCACUCUGCCCUAUGUUGGACCAUCAGUCACACCAAUGACCAUCGUGGAAAACCCUCAAGGGGUCUUCAUUAAGGGCUUGUCAGUCCAUCUUACAAGUCAGGAGGAGGAUGCAUUCAGCCUCCUUUUUGAGGGAGAGACCAACAGGAUUAUAGCCUCCCACACAAUGAAUAAAAACUCAUCCAGGUCGCACUGCAUUUUCACCAUCUAUGUGGAGGCUCAUUCGAGGACCUUAUCAGACGAAAAGUACAUCACUUCCAAAAUUAACUUGGUGGAUCUAGCGGGCUCAGAAAGGCUGGGAAAGUCUGGGUCUGAGGGCCGAGUCCUGAAGGAAGCCACCUACAUCAACAAGUCGCUGUCAUUCCUGGAGCAGGCCAUCAUUGCUCUCGGGGACCAGAAGCGGGAGCACAUCCCCUUCCGGCAGUGCAAGCUUACCCACGCCCUCAAGGACUCAUUAGGGGGAAAUUGCAAUAUGGUUCUCUUGACAAACAUCUAUGGAGAAGCCGCCCAGUUAGAAGAGACGCUGUCUUCACUGCGGUUUGCCAGCAGGAUGAAGCUGGUCACCACUGAGCCUGCCAUCAACGAAAAGUAUGAUGCUGAGCGAAUGGUCAAGAACCUGGAGAAGGAGCUGGCACUGCUCAAGCAGGAGCUGGCCAUCCACGACAGCCUGGCCAACCGCACCCUUGUGAACUACGAUCCCAUGGAUGAAAUCCAGAUUGCUGAGAUCAACUCCCAGGUGCGGAGGUACCUGGAGGGGACACUGGACGAGAUUGAUAUAAUCAACCUCAGACAGAUCCAGGAGGUGUUCAACCAGUUCCGGGUGGUUCUGAGCCAACAGGAACAGGAAGUGGAAUCUGCUUUGCGCAGGAAGUAUACCCUCAUAGAUAAGAAUGACUUUGCAGCCAUUUCUGCGGUCCAGAAGGCAGGGCUUGUGGACGUUGAUGGCCACCUAGUAGGUGAGCCUGAUGGACAAGGCUUCGGACUCGGGGUCACCCCUUUCUCUGCCAAACCUGGGAAGAAAUCCAAGUCCAAGAAGACAUUCAAAGAGCAGCUCAGCUCCUCAGCAAGAAAGGAAGGUGCCAGCAGCCCUGUGAGUGGCAAGGAGUUGGAUGUCUCUAUGUCCAAGACCCAGCUGACCCCAUCCUCCAAGGAGGGGGAUGUCAAAGACAUGACUAUACGGGAACCGGAGACCUCCAGCAUUGAACCCCUUCCUUCGGACUCCCCAAAGGAGGAAUUACGCCCACCCAGGCCCAGUACCCCACCCCCCAAACCUAUGGCCUUCGAGGACUUUAAGAACGAGCGAGGCAGUGAGAUCAACCGCAUCUUCAAAGAGAACAAAUCCAUCUUGAACGAGCGGAGGAAAAGGGCCAGCGAGACCACACAGCGCAUCAAUGCCAUCAAACGGGAGAUGGACGUGACCAAGGAGGCACUAAAUUUCCAGAAGUCACUCCGGGAGAAACAAGGUGAGUAUGAGAACAAGGGGCUGAUGAUCAUCGAUGAGGAGGAAUUCCUGCUGAUCCUGAAGCUCAAAGACCUCAAGAAGCAGUACCGUACUGAGUAUCAGGACUUGCGAGACCUCAGGGCAGAGAUCCAGUACUGCCAGCACUUGGUGGAUCAGUGUCGUCACCGCCUGCUCACAGAAUUUGAUAUCUGGUACAACGAGUCCUUCUUCAUCCCCGAGGACCUACAAGUGGCACUGAAGCCAGGCGGCAGCAUCCGGCCAGGCAUGGUGCCCGUCAGCAGGAUCAUGUCCCUGGGAGAAGAUGCCCAGGACAAGUUCAGCCAGCUGCAGCAGGUACUGCUGCCCGAGGGCCCUGAUUCCGUCGCCUUCUACAACGCCAAAGUCAAGACAGAACAGAAGCACAAUUACUUGAAAACCAUGAUGGGCCUCCAGCAGGCACACAGAAAAUAGGGAUUCAUCGCCAGUGCCUAAAGGACAAGACCCCCAGUAACUCCUGCUGCUCUGGAGUGGGGCUGCCAAACCCCUUGCCCAGAGUUCCAGACAGCCUGCUCCAAUGCUGGAGCCCAGCCCAGAGGACUCACAAUGGCCUGCCUCCCAACAGGAACAUCCUUCACAGGACACUCAUCUUCACAGACCACUUUUGGUUUCAACUCACUGUUUUAUAUGCAGGGACAGGAUAAAAUAAUUUUCUAGCUUGGAUGUUCAGUGCUCACUCAAGAGCCUGAUUUUAUUUCCCGUCCAGGAGGAUGCUUCCCUAUGCACAGGUGGGGUCAGAACCGAGUCUCCAGUAAGAAAGGGAAAAAGUAGCUCAGCCACCUUCCUCUGGCAUGCCUUUGUCCCACUGGUCACCCUCUUUCCUUCCUUGGAUGGGCAUUCUUGGGGGGAGCUAGUUCUGAGGAGCCCUGGUUCUCUUAGUCCCUGUCAGACUGUAGGUUCUCUUGGGACAUCCUCUCUGUGUUCCUGAGCCAGUGAAAGCGGGAGGCCCUCCUUCCUCAGCAACCAGCAGAGGAAUGGGUCUAGUGGAAAUGGCUGAAAGACAGAUUUUUAUCUCAGAAUAAGAAGAGGCUUAAAAUGAGCACAGCCCUACCUGAAGUUAGCAGCAAGAGCCCCACAGUGGGAGGCUGUCUGGCAAGGAGGUUGCAGAACCUGUACCAGAUAGAAGGUUGAACUGGAUGGCAUUAGUCCAUUCAAACACUCGGUGACCCUGUCCUUCAGCCCAGCAGUGAGCAGAUGGAUGGGGGUUUGUGGAACAGAGAAAGUAGAAAGGCAUCCGUGAGGUCUCUGCCCUCUUCCUCUUCAGCCCCUUUCACUUUCACUGACUGAUACAUAAUGGUCCUAAAACAGCUUUCAGAGGCUCCUACUACACCGAGGCUUCGCAGAGCGGCUUUGAAGUGCUCCCGCUCCCUCACCCUGGAUGACACACAUGGGGACUGUCACUGAUCGGCACUAAUGGUGUGCACACAGCCCUACUGGUCAGUCCUCAUGUCUCCUUUGAUUGUGGCCAAAUAGACGAGUCUGCCCAGGCUCUGCCUGCCCUCCCAGCUAGUGCAGGCCUCCGGCUGCACCUGAUUCUUUCCUUUCUCGGCUUCCCCUGCUCUUACCGGGACUUGUUUGGGGUUCCCAGGUCUUUAGGGCAUCUCAGGAAAUAGGCCAUAGCAAAUGGGGUACAUCAUCUUUUGGGGGCCAUAGGAAGCAGCUGUUUGUGGCAUUACUGGUCCCCCUUCCCUUCAUUCUCUGCCACUGGCUGCAAUGGCAUGGCCCUACUGGACGUCGCUCCAUAGGAUUUCUAGACAGCCAGUCCUGGGGCCUGCUGGCCAGGGCGAGCUAGGCCUCUGUCAUGGCAGCUGGGCACAUUGGUCUCUAGCUCAGUUCAUUACGACAAAGGCCUCUGUGGCACAAAGUGAACCAAGUAAUCAUCAAUGUGGGCAGAGCCAGAGAAAUAAGCCAGGAUGGUGCCUGGCAGAUAACCCUCUACAAACUCCUCACGGGAGCAGAUGCUUCCAACAUGACAGGGAGCUAGGGGGCAUCACGUCCACUCAAAUGGGCCUGUUGUUCUAGAAAAUAGUUUCUGCUGAGCUAAUCUGACCACCAAAAUCAUCACUGAGGGGACUUCCAGUUCCAACAUGGGACAGAUAAGAUAACCUGAAAAUACUCCUGCUACAAACAGAAAUGCUGGCUCAAGUAGAAAUUCUUUUCAAUGCAAAGCUAAAUUUGCAGGAAGAGACAGAGAACUGCCAGGAGCUGGAAAACUGAAAACCCAAGUGGUCAGCAUGGGAACUGGCUGUGGCUGCUAGGGGUAGGAAGGGGUGUGCGUGGAUUGUUGCCCUUGAGUGUGAAUGUCCACAUAAGUGUGAGAAAUAAGGCUCUGGCCAUGCCCCAUAGGAAGUUGGAAGUGGGACCUUGGGCAUAAAGCUGGCACCUUGAAGGCUUCAUCCUUCAUAAAGAGGUAAGCUAGAAAAAGUUCCCCCGCUUUUGGGGGAAAAGUUUCUAGAGAUGAGGGGAAACAGGUCCUGAGAGAAUUUGCAACCAUGCACAGGUUUGGGAUUCAGAUUUACACUGUGUCCAGGAACCCCCAGCCUGAGGAAUUAGUGUAGAAAUUAGCCCAGAGAGGGGCGCUUGCGUGGCUCAGUUGGUUCAGCGUCUGACUUUGACUCGGGUCAUGAUCUCACAGCUUGUGAGUUCAAGCCCCACAUCGGGCUCUGUGCUGAUGGCUCAGAGCCUGGAGCCUGCUUCAGAUUCUGUGUCUCCCUCUCUCUCUCUGCCCCUCCCCCGAUCAUGUUCUGUCUGUCUCUCUCUCAAAAAUAAAUAAAAACAUUAAAAAAUUAAAAAAAAAACUUAGCCCAAGGAUAAAACACCCAGCAGAGU